AUGGUUGAUUCCCUGGACCUAGCAAAAGCUAUCGCGGGAUGUGGCGGUGAUGCUAGACAACUGCCGGCAACAAUCAAACGGUAUGAAAAGGAUAUGCUGACCCGAGGCGAGCAAUUCGCUCAGAAGAGUUGGAAGAAGCUAGAAGGCCAUUUCAUUGCCCACGCCGGGGAGGAAAUGGCUCAACGAGUGCUCGGGAAAAAGUAG